AUGGCUAGAUAAUCUAGUCUACCCAUGUUUGGAACCUCCCUGUCCGUCUUCCUCGGGCGCGGAGCUAAAUUCAUUCAGCUAUUUAUACGUAGGCUGAUCACGACUAGACCUGCCUGUGUUUCUGAUUUCUCUGCUGCUUUUUUUCGAGCCAAGCAAACAAAGGGAAGCCAGAGGAGCCUCGCCACAUCUCUAUCUGCUGCACAUCGACGUCAGGGGAUCGAUCAAAGCUAAAACUAGGCCAGAUAGAGACACAAGAAGAGAUUUCCCAUAUAUAUAGAUGGAUAGAAGGCCAUGCUAUUAUCGGUAGCUAGGACCAUCGUAUUCGUAUCACACACACUUGCUCUCCUCUUCUUCCACUCGCCGGCCACUUGUCACCCUCCUCUGCUCACUGCUCCGAGCAGAGGAACUCCAACUCCAUCACCUCCUCUUCAGCAUCAGGCGGAGGAGGCUGGAGACGUCAUAGCACUACUUGUGCCAAGCAAGCUAGCUAGCUAGGCACGAGAGAAUUCGGGCUGUGGUGAACUGAUCAGCGAUCAGUCACCUGAUCUAGCGGCCGGCAGAAAGCAAGACAAGUCCAGCCAGAGCGAGCCAUGGGCGGCAUUGGUGGUGGUCGAUGCUGGACCAGUGGCCUGGCCUUGCUCGCCUGCGCCGUGCUCCUGUCGGCGAUGAUGGCGAACGGCAUUAGGACCGGGGCAGCUGGUGGCAUGGGUGCUCCUGGUCCGGCUGCUGCCGCGGCACAGGCUGCCACCCUAGUCGCGGCUCCCCCCGUCGCUGCCGCCGAGACGACACCGCCUUCGGAGGGAGCUGCAUUCGAAGAUCCAUACAAGGACAGCAAGAGGAAGGUGCCGAACGGGCCCGAUCCGAUUCACAAUAGGAGAGCCAGAUGGGGAGAUGCACCGGCAAAGAGAGUGUAGAGACGAGCAAGAGAGCCUCAAGAGCUAGCGAGCACACACUGCACACACACAUAUUGAAGAUGGAAUGGAAGGUUCCAUGGCUAACUACAGCUGUGUAUGCAUGCAUGUGGUGGUGCUCAUGAUGGUGGAGGGCAGUUAUAUAUAUAGUUAUAAGUAUUCAUUCAUGUAUUAGUAGUAGAUACAGAGGGGUUGAGGAAGAUGCAUGCAUGGUGCACACUCCAUGGCACCGUGGUUGCUUUGGUCAAAGUGCUGCUUUGUACUCCUCCCUCUCUCUUGAUGAGGUUUUGUUCUUUUUCUUUUUCUUCUUUGGAGGAGGGCCGGGUUAAUGGUGUUAAAAGGAGCACUCCAACUCCAAGCUGAGCCACUAGCCUACUACUACUUCACUCACACAGAGAGUAAAGCUCAAAGAUUCUUGGCAUGCACAUGUCGAUUCUACUCCUACUACGAUUAGCUUUCAUUCUUCCCAAUGAUCUGUUUAAUAAUUGGCUUUCAAAGGGCUCAAAGGAGUAACAAGUGUGACUGACAACA